UCUGCCCCAUGUCUUCUUUAUAAAGUAUCAGAAGGGUCUUUUCAUCACUUGGGUAUUAGUUUCCUGGCCUUCUUUAAGAUAUUUCACACUGGCUGAUUAGAGAAUACAUUCUGGCCAUUAAUGCAUGCCUUAUGGGGAGCUCAAGUAUUUGCUCUCUUGCCAUGUCUUAUUAUACUAGUGCAGGUAUGUUUGGGGCAAAUAUGUCUGAUGCUUCUUUCCUCGUCAUGUCAGGCACGUUAUCUUGUUCAUAUCAGGCACUUCUUUUCUAACCAUAGUGAUUGUAAACUCCUCUUGAGGGCUGGUAGAUUUAGUAAGUUUCAUUUAAGAAGAGCCUUUCUCUUCUUCAUUGAUUCUGUACUUUUUAAUAAUCUUUAA